CGGGUGGGCUUGAACAGUAUCUGACUUGAAAUACACACUGCCCUUAUUUAAGGGAUUUGCAAAAUUGCCAUAAAUUAUGCCUUUUGGUGUAAAACCCUGUAAAGAAUCCCGAGACCGAAUGAAACUGAAACUGCUUUCUCCAAAAAAAUCUAUUCAAUUGGACCUUUGCCAUUUAAUGCAUAGUUCCUCAACCCGGCACCACUGCCUGUCAAACAGCUGCCCCUGCCAUUGUUGAUUGUUUAUGUCCAAAAAGUUUAAAGUUAAUUGUUGCUGUAUUUAUGAGCCCCCCGAAAAACGAUGUAAGUACUUUGAGGUUAUACUGUUCUAAGUCGAAGUCCUACGGUUCGUUCUCGCUGAAAUCCAGCUUUUGUUAUGGGCCGUAUCAGGAGCCCCAAUUGAACAACAGACAUGUAUGCGAAACGGGCCCAAACCAUCCUGAAUUUGGAGCUGGCCAAGAGGCUCAAUGACUACCUGGAAGCUAGCACUUUUAUUAGAUCCUAUGCGGUGACAAGGCCCCAAAAGACUGAAACUCAUAUUCAUCAGGCUGCAGUCCAGCAGCAUUUCAAAGCCAAGUUUUACUGUACAGCCCCUGGGGUGGAUACGAACACGUUCGAAAGAGUGUGCGAAGAAACGUUGAGCUCUUUAGCGGAUUAUUUCGAGGAUCUUGUGGCCAGUGACGCAACGCUGGAAAAAGGAGAUGUGAUGUACGGGGUGGGGGUGUUGACGAUCGACUUGGGCCCCCUGGGCACUUAUGUGGUGAAUAGACAGUCCCCCAACAAGCAAAUCUGGCUGAGCUCCCCCACUUCAGGGCCGAAACGGUUCGAUUACGUAGCGAAAGAGGACUGUUGGGUGUACAGGCACGAUGGGCAAACCCUGCAUGGGGUGUUAAAAACGGAGUUUGAGAGCAUGCUGGGUCGGAAGUUGAGUGUAUCGAACUGUGCCCAUAGUAGUUCAAUUGCAUAAAUUUGUUGUGAAUAAAUAGAAAGCCAAAUCAGUUGAAA